UAAACGCCACAAUGAGGGAUAAAAACAAAGCGCUGUGUUGGGAGAGGGAGAGUUAAUGCUUUUCCGGAGGAUUUUCGAGGAAGUUCAAAGGGAUCUGACUGCUUUCAAAGUAUGGAGCUGUCGAUAUAUUGGAUGUUGGUCUGUGGCUUAUUCAGCGUGCCGCUCACUGGAUGUUUGGAGAUACACCUUUCGGAGACUUUACAGCCCGGGACCCUUUUGGCAAACUUGUCGCUCGGCCCAGGAUGGACUUACAAACUUGACAGGACUUUAUCCUCCAAAUUCAUGCAGAACUUUUUGGAAGUUGAGAGGCACGGUGGGGUAAUCCGUCUGUCCCGCAGAGUUCAGUGUGCGCACACACCGAGGAACCCAGCAGCUGUUUAUUUCAGAACAGGUUCCUCAACAUCUGGAGACGUUAUUCUGACACAGUUUAAUGUGUUUGUGCACGGGCAGGACUGUUUUAUUAAAUACAAGAGAAAGAAAGCACCAGGUAAGCCAGAUAUUCAUAUAGACCACCUUUCAAAACUGAAGGCAACUUCCUGCUCCCCCGCAGGUAAACUCCUGUUGAAUGUAACAGAGCUGCUGCCUGUCUUUACGCGUAACACCGCCUUCUCGGACAGUAUCUGUGUAGGAGAAGAGUUGAGCGCAGUGUUCAGACAUGGAGAACUGUUCUUGGCUGGCAACUUGUGUCUCGAGCUCACAGGACAGUCCCAAGUGAGUUUGCACUGCGCGUUCCAGAGCUCUCCAGGCGGCAGGCUGUCUGUGCAGCUGGAUCUAACGCUUGUGACUGUGCCUCAGCUUCAUGGAUCCUCUGCAGAAGAAAGCGUCCGGAAAAAGUCUGGCAAAUUGAGCCGCAGGGGGAAGCGACAAGCAAACGCGUCUCCCCAGUUCCAGCUCCCUAACUAUCAGGUGUCCGUGCCCGAGAAUGAGCCUGCGGGCACGCGGGUUAUCACUCUGAAAGCCACUGACCCGGAUGAUGGAGAGGCAGGGAGGCUUGAGUACAGCAUGGAAGCCAUAUUUGACAGCAGAUCCACCGACUAUUUUGACAUUGACUCCCAGACAGGGAGCAUCAUAACGGUCCAGUCAUUAGACAGAGAAGUCAAAGACACCCAUGUCUUUAGAGUCAUUGUAACAGACAAUGGCUCCCCUAAAAGAUCUGCCACCUCUUACCUCACAGUCACUGUGAGUGACACCAAUGACCAUACCCCUGUGUUUGAGCAAACUGAUUACCGUGUGAACAUCAGGGAGAAUGUUGAAGUGGGGUUUGAAGUGAUUACAAUCCGGGCCACCGAUGGAGAUGCUCCCUCCAACGCCAAUAUGAUUUAUAAAAUUGUAAAUGACAAUGAAAUUAACUCUGUGUUUGAAAUUGACUCCCGGAACGGUCUGGUGAAGAUCAAAGAGAGGCCUGACAGGGAGACCCGGGCAAAGUAUCGGCUCAUUGUUGAGGCCAAUGACCAAGGCAAAGACCCAAGCCCCCGCAGCGCCACCGCCACUGUCCAUAUAACUGUGGAGGAUGAAAAUGACAACUACCCUCAGUUUAGUGAGAAGAGGUAUGUUGUGCAGGUUCAAGAGAAUGUCGCAAUCAACACCAAAGUCAUUCAGGUGGAGGCUACAGAUAAAGACGAGGGGAACAACGCUAAAGUUCAUUACAGCAUCAUCAGUGGGAAUGUUAAAGGACAGUUUUAUAUUCACUCCCCCACCGGUGUGAUUGAUGUCAUCAAUCCUCUGGACUAUGAGAUGAUUCGGGAGUAUAAUUUGCGAAUCAAGGCUCAGGAUGGUGGAAGACCCCCUUUGAUAAAUGGCACAGGGAUUGUGGUAGUGCAAGUGGUGGACGUGAAUGACAAUGCCCCGAUGUUUGUCAGCACCCCUUUUCAGGCGACUGUGUUGGAAAAUGUGGCGAUCGGUUAUUCAGUGAUCCACAUUCAAGCAAUCGAUGGGGAUGCAGGGGAAAAUUCCCGUUUGAAAUACAGACUAACUGACACCGCGCCUGGUUUUCCGUUCACCAUCAACAACAGCACAGGCUGGAUCUCAGUGAGCGAAGAGCUUGACAGGGAGGCGACUGAGUUCUACACCUUCGGCGUGGAGGCAAGCGAUCACGGGAUUCCUGUGAUGUCCUCCUCGGCCAGCGUCAGCAUCACAGUGCUGGAUGUGAACGACAACGUGCCUACGUUUACAGAGAAGUCCUACUCACUGAAGAUCAAUGAAGAUGCUGUAGUCGGGUCCAGCGUCCUUACAGUGACAGCCGUGGAUAGGGACGUCAACAGUGUUGUGACCUAUCAGAUCUCCAGUGGCAACACAAGGAACCGUUUUGCCAUCACUAGUCAAAGUGGAGGUGGUCUCAUCACUUUAGCACUCCCGUUAGACUAUAAGCAAGAACGUCAGUAUGUGCUAACAGUUACUGCCAGCGACGGGACACGCUAUGACACCACCCAGGUUUUCAUCAACGUAACGGAUGCCAACACACACCGGCCUGUUUUCCAAAGUGCCAAUUACCAGGUUAUGCUAAGUGAAGAGAAACAAGUCGGCUACACGGUUACGGUAAUCAGUGCGACAGAUGAAGACACGGGAGAAAAUGCACGCAUCACAUAUGUGAUGGAGGAUAAUGUUCCUCAGUUUAAAAUCGACCCAGACACAGGUGCCAUCACAAUGCAAAUGGAGAUCGAUUAUGAAGACCAGGCCUCGUAUACAUUAGCCAUCAUUGCCAGAGACAAUGGCAUCCCUCAGAAAUCUGACACGACUUAUGUGGAGAUUAUCAUUCUGGAUGCUAAUGAUAACACUCCUCAGUUUCUCCGGGAUAUGUACAAAGGAUCUGUACUUGAAGAUGCACCUGCCUUCACCAGUGUUCUUCAGAUAUCAGCCUCAGAUAGAGAUUCUGGUUCAAAUGGUAGGGUGAGCUACACUUUUAUGGAUGGGGAUGAUGGAGUGGGAGACUUCCUCAUAGAACCUUACUCUGGUAUCAUCAGAACCGCUCGCAAACUGGACCGAGAGAAUAUCCCUGUGUACAACCUUAAGGCCUACGCUGUGGAUAGAGGGGUCCCGCCUCUGAAAGCAGCUGUCCCUAUCCACGUGGUCGUCCAAGACAUAAAUGACAAUGCACCAGUGUUUGAGAAAGAUGAGCUGUUCAUUGACGUGAAGGAGAACAGCCAGGUGGGUUCUGUAGUCGCCCGGAUCACAGCUAUGGACCCUGAUGAGGGCACCAAUGCUCAGAUCAUGUACCAGAUCGUGGAGGGGAAUGUUCCAGAAGUUUUCCUGCUGGAUAUUUUCAACGGAGACCUCACUGCACUCACAGACCUGGAUUAUGAAACUAAAACGGAGUAUGUCAUUGUGGUCCAGGCCACCUCAGCACCGCUAGUGAGUCGGGCCACAGUGCACAUUCGCCUUGUUGACAUCAAUGAUAACAUCCCAGUGCUGCAAAACUUUGAGAUUAUUUUCAACAACUACAUCACCAACAAGUCCAACAGUUUUCCGUCUGGAAUAAUAGGGAAGGUACCAGCUUAUGACCCGGAUGUGUCGGAUAAGCUCCAAUACAAAUUUGAAUCUGGGAAUGAGCUAAGUUUGCUGCUGUUGAACGAAGCCACUGGGGAUCUGAGGCUAAGCAGGGACCUUGACAAUGACAGGCCUCUGGAAGCACCCAUGACCAUCUCUGUCUCAGAUGGAAUUCACGUUGUUGUUGCUCAAUGCACGCUACGUGUCAACAUCAUAACUGACGACAUGUUGACCAACAGCAUCACUGUGCGCCUGGAGAACAUGUCCCAGGAGCGCUUCCUCUCCCCCCUGCUCAAUCUCUUCCUUGAAGGUGUGGCGGCUGUGCUGUCCACCAAACGGGAAGCGGUGUUCGUGUUCAACAUCCAAAACGACACUGAUGUCCAAGGCUCCAUUCUCAAUGUGACAUUUUCAGCUCUGCAGCCUGAAGGUGAGCAGGGCAAAGGGACAUUCUUCCCAUCAGAAGAGCUGCAGGAGCAGAUCUAUCUCAACAGGACUCUACUCAGGCUUAUAUCUUCUCAGGAGGUGUUGCCAUUUGAUGACAACAUUUGCCUGCGGGAGCCCUGUGAGAACUACAUGAAGUGUGUGUCAGUGCUGAAGUUCGACAGCUCCCCUCCCUUCAUAGCCUCAGACACAGUUCUAUUCCGGCCUAUUCACCCCAUCAACGGGCUGCGUUGCCGUUGUCCUCUUGGUUUCACGGGCGACUACUGUGAAACUGAGAUUGAUCUAUGCUACUCAGGACCCUGCAGGAACAACGGAAGAUGCCGCAGCAGAGAGGGAGGGUACACCUGUGAGUGCUUGGAAGACUUCACUGGUGAACACUGUGAGCUGAAUGCAUCGUCCGACCGCUGUAUACCCGGGGUGUGCAAGAAUGGAGGCAACUGUGUCAACCGCCUUGCAGGUGGUUUCAUGUGCCAGUGUCCAGAAGGGGAGUACGAAAAGCCCUACUGUGAGAUGACCACCCGCAGCUUCCCUGGAAGGUCCUUCAUCACCUUUCGAGGCCUGCGGCAAAGAUUCCACUUCACUGUCUCUUUCACGUUUGCUACAAGAGAGAGGAAUGCUUUGCUUCUGUACAACGGCAGAUUCAAUGAAAAACACGACUUCAUCGCUCUGGAAAUCAUCGACGAGCAGAUUCAGCUCACCUUUUCAGGAGGAGAAACCAAGACCACAGUCUCUCCCUACAUACCAGGUGGGGUCAGUGACGGCCAGUGGCACUCUAUCCAGCUCCAUUACUACAACAUGCCAAAUAUUGGGCGUUUGGGCAUCCCUCAUGGACCCUCUGGAGAAAAGGUGGCUGUGGUUGCUGUGGAUGACUGUGACAUCUCCAUGGCUGUUCGCUUUGGAAAGCAGAUUGGCAACUACUCCUGUGCUGCCCGGGGCACUCAGACUGGACAGAAGAAGUCACUGGACUUGACAGGACCGCUUUUGUUAGGCGGAGUUCCCAACCUACCUGAGGACUUCCCAGUGAGGAACAGAGACUUCAUGGGCUGCAUGAGAAACCUUAGCAUUGACAGCAAACCCAUUGACAUGGCCAGCUACAUUGCUAACAAUGGCACCGCAGCAGGCUGUCUAGCUAAAAGCAAUUUUUGCUCUGAUGAGGUGUGUCAGAAUGGAGGAGUGUGCGUCAAUAAGUGGAACACCUACAUUUGUGACUGCCCAACUGGGUAUGGAGGGAAGAACUGUGAGCAAGUGAUGCCAUCUCCUCAGUUCUUCAACGGCCAGGCUGUGGUCUCUCUGAAUGAGACGGACAUAACUGUUGCAGUUCCUUGGUACAUGGGCCUUAUGUUCCGCACCAGGCAGCCAGCCGGUACCCUGAUGCAGGCCAAUGCUGGAAUGUCAUCCAUCAUCACACUUAUGGUGAGUGAGCAGCAGGUUCACAUGAAGGUGUUUCUGAGACGGCAGUUGGUUGCUUCGCUGAGCUUCCCCCAAGUCCGGGUCAAUGAUGGGGAGUGGCACCACUUGCUGGUGGAACUGAGAAGCGUCAAAGAUGGCAAGGACAUCAAAUAUAUGGCUACUGUGUCCCUGGACUACAACAUGUAUCAGAAGUCAGUUGAGAUUGGUAAUGAGCUCCCAGGAUUAAAGCUGCAGACGCUUCAAAUAGGAGGUUUGCUUGGAGAAGGCAACACUGUCCGCAAAGGAUUUGUUGGCUGCAUACAGGGUGUGCGCAUGGGAGAGACUUCUACGAAUGUAGCCAAUGUGAACAUGAAUCGGGGCCAGAAGAUCCAUGUUGAUGAUGGCUGCAACCUUGCUGACCCCUGUGACUCCAACAUUUGCCCUGAGAAUAGCCACUGCAGUGAAGACUGGAGCACACACACCUGUGUCUGUGACCCAGGUUUUUUUGGUAGGGAGUGUGUGGAUGCUUGCCAGCUCAACCCUUGUGAGCACGUUUCUGCCUGCCUCCGCAAACCAAGUUCUUCCCACGGCUACACAUGUGAAUGUGGACAGAACCACUAUGGACAGUACUGUGAAAACAAAGUGGAGAGGCCAUGUCCUCAAGGUUGGUGGGGCAAUCCCAUGUGUGGACCUUGUAACUGUGAUACUAGCAGGGGAUUCCAUAAAGACUGCAACAAGACCAGUGGAGAGUGUAACUGCAAGGAAAACCACUACCAGCCAGAAGGUGAAGACAUGUGCUACCCCUGUGAAUGUUUCUCUGUUGGCUCUGAGUCUCGAACAUGUGACCCUAUUACUGGGCAGUGCCCUUGUAAAGGAGGAGUCAUCGGUCGACAGUGUAACCGCUGUGAUAACCCCUUUGCUGAAGUCACGCCGACUGGAUGCGAGGUGGUGUACGAGGGCUGUCCCAAAGCAUUUGACUCAGGCAUCUGGUGGCCCAAGACCAAAUUUGGAAGGCCUGCAGCUAUGAACUGUCCAAAAGGAUCCAUAGGUACUGCCAUUCGCCACUGUAGUGACGAGAAGGGUUGGCUGUCACCUGACCUCUUCAACUGCACCACAGUCACCUUCUCCCAUCUGAAGAAGCUGAAUGAAGACCUCCGACGGAACACUUCAAGGAUGGACAGCGAACACUCCAAGCACAUUGUGCGUUUGCUUUACAGCGCCACCAAUAACACCGAGCAUUACUAUGGAAACGACGUGAAGACAGCUGCCCAGCUUUUGAACCAUGUCCUGCAGCAUGAGAGCCGGCAGUCGGGAUUCAAACUCACUGCCAUGAAGGAUGCAGAGUUCAAUGAGAACUUGGUGCGAGCAGGAAGUGCCUUACUAAAUCUUGACAACAAGGAGCACUGGGAGCAUAUGCAGAGGACUGAUGGUGGCACUGCCAACCUGCUCCGCAACUUUGAAGAGUACGCCAAUACAUUAGCUCAGAACGUCAGGAAGACCUACCUGAAACCUUUCACCAUCGUCACUGAAAACAUGAUUCUCACCGUGGAUUACUUGGAUUUGUCGAACCCCGAGAGAGCAACAUUACCUCAAUUCCAAGACAUUCAAGUCGCCUAUUCUAGGGAGCUUGGGUCCUCCAUUCAUUUUCCAAGGUUCAACCAGGACCACAGAGCAGAGCACACUUCAGCCCCUUCAACUCAGACCGACCCCCCACAGGAGGAGAACACAGUGUCUCAAAGGAAACCACGACAUCUUGAUCCAGCUGUCCCUUUGCCAGUUGCAGUUGUGAUAGUGUACAAAUCCCUGGGGAAUCUCCUCCCAGAGAGAUAUGACCCUGAUCGCAGAAGUCUGAGGCUUCCAAAUCGUCCAGUCAUCAACACAGCUGUAGUAAGUGCCACGGUGCACAGUGAGGGUCCUCCUCUUCCUCCUGUCCUGGAACCCCCAAUCACCUUGGAGUACACUUUGAUUGAGACAGAGGAAAGGACCAAACCUGUCUGUGUUUUCUGGAACCACUCGAUUGGGAUUGGAGGAACAGGUGGCUGGUCCUCUAAAGGUUGUGAGGUGCUCAACAGGAACAAUAGCCACAUUAGCUGUCAGUGUAACCACAUGACCAGCUUUGCUGUGCUCAUGGACAUUUCCAAGAGAGAGAACGGUGAUGUUCUACCCCUGAAGAUUGUCACCUACACCACACUGUCCAUCUCUCUGUUCCUCCUUCUGCUCACCUUCAUCUUGUUGUGCCUCCUCCGUUGGCUGCGCUCCAACCUUCAUGCAAUCCACAGAAACCUGGUGGCAGCGCUGUUCUUCUCUGAACUUGUUUUCCUGCUUGGCAUCAAUCAGACCGACAAUCCAUUUGUGUGUACAGUGAUAGCCAUCCUCCUCCAAUACUUUUACUUGUGCACCUUCGCCUGGAUGUUUGUUGAGGGGUUACACAUCUACCGCAUGCUGACUGAGCUACGCAACAUCAACCAUGGCCACAUGAGGUUCUACUAUGCCAUCGGCUGGGGCAUACCAGCUGUAAUCACGGGUUUGGCAGUAGGUCUGGACCCUCAGGGUUAUGGGAAUCCAGAUUUCUGCUGGAUUUCAGUCUAUGACACGCUCAUCUGGAGUUUUGCAGGACCCAUCUUUGUAGUCGUGCUGGUGAACAUAGUGAUCUUUAUCCUGGCUGCAAAGGCAUCAUGCGGACGUAGGCAGAAGGCUGUGGAGAGGUCAGGAGCAAUUCCUGCGCUCCGGAUGGCCUUCCUCCUACUGGUACUCAUCUGUGCUACCUGGCUCCUUGGCCUAAUGGCUGUAAACAGUGAUGUUAUGACCUUCCACUAUCUGUUUGCUGUCUUCAGCUGUCUGCAGGGAGUCUUCAUCUUCUUCUUCCAUGUAAUCUUUAACAAAGAGGUAAGGAGGAAUCUCAAGAACUUCUUCACAGGAAAGAAGAGCACACCAGACGAAUCCAGCACCACAAGGGCCUCUUUGCUCACACGCUCCCUUAACUGCAACAACACGUACACAGAGGACGGUGCGCUGUACCGCUCAGGCAUUGGCGAGUCCACUGUCUCCCUGGACAGCACACUCAGGUCAGCCAAGAGCCACAGCAGCUAUUUGGCAUACACACUCAGGGAGGAGUCUGGUCAGAAGCCUAGCGUCUCCUCAGGGACAGCAAAAGGACACACAGACUUGGACGGACCUCUGUUCCACAGAAAGGGCACCAAAAUAGAUGACUCUGACUCUGACAGCGAGUUGUCGGUGGAUGAACACAGCUCUUCCUACGCCUCCUCCCACUCCUCUGAUAGUGGAGACGAUGACAUCGAUGUCAAGCCCAAGUGGAACAAUGAGAGACAGCCAGUUCACAGCACUCCUAAAGUGGAGUCAGUAUCCAAUCAUGUAAAGCCUUACUGGCCAACAGAGGCCACCACAGCCAGUGACAGUGAAGAACCUGGUGGAGCAGAGAGGUUGAGGGUGGAGACCAAGGUAAAUGUGGAGCUACAUCAGGAGAAUAAGCUCAACCACACUGGAGACAGAGACAAGGAGACUCUUCAGGAGAGAGACAAACAAACACCUGGUAAUGCUAGAGACGUAGCUCCCACUAGCAUGUCUAACAGCAACAGCAACCACCAACCAGAGCAGAGAAAAGGUAUCUUAAAGAACAAGAUUAGCUACCCUCCUCCGCUGACUGACAAGAAUAUGAAAAACCGUCUGAGGGAGAAGCUAAGCGACUACAACAACCCCACCAUCAACUCCCCUCCUCCCAACAACAACAAUACAUCGUCCCCACCUCCCUCUUCCAUCAACAACAUAUCCCCUCCAUCCCAGCCUCCCUCGCUGGCUCCAAUUGAUGGAAGUCGCCCUAGCAACCACGACAACAGCUCCCUCAUCAAGCCACCCAGUGCCGUAAGGCCUCAGAUACCUGCCGCACCCCCACCAGCAAGCGUCCACCGAGAAACCAAUGGAGGAGUUGCAAUGCACUUGAAGUCAGGAACAGUAAAUGGAGGCAAUGAGUCUGACUCAGAUGGCAGUAACGAGACUUCGAUCUGACCUGUCAGGAAAAUGCAGACCAGCCUGCCUUUGUGAGAGAAGGAGCAAAAAAAACUGUUCAGGGAGGAGAGGACACAAUAGGAAGAAGACAAAGAGGAUGGGGAAAAAAGAACAGAAAAAUCAAGACGGACAGAUAUGCUUGAUUGGUUGAAAGUUGGGAAAAAGUAUUCUCCAUUUCUCUACCAUAAUCUGCCAGUCAGUCCGUCCUUCCAUGAUUCCUCCCUCUGAAGAGCAGUAUUAAUGGUGAACUUUAAGACUGCCUGAGACAAGAAAAACAAAUGGAUGUGAUACACAGAUGUGAGAAAUAAUAAAGGGAAAGGUAUGUUGGUCUUACAAGGAGGAUACAAUGGAGCCACGUGUGCCAAAAACAUUGCAGGGAAUGGAUUGGAAGAGAUAGAAACAUUUCUGCCAUGAUGCAUUGCAAGCCACAAAAUCUUGUUCAUCUACUGGAUAUGGAGAUCUGUGAUGGCUCAUUACGUUGGCUCACACUUCAAUGCUUAAAGUGAGUGGCCAGCUUCCCUCUCCUGAAAAAGGAGUUACUUAUACUGUGUGUAAACACAGUCUAAAUAAACAAUAAUGCAUUUGUAGUCCUACAGGAUUUCAAGAACUGCAAAUUCUAUAAGUCUGAAAAUCUUGAAGUCUUUGUUCAUUUUAAAGUUUGGAUAUUAUCCACUGGGGCUAUAACACAGCAAGUGCUCUUUUCCUUUGGCUUCAUGAGCCUCUCAAAGCAGUGCAUUUAGAGUGGAAUUUAUGAGUAGAUAAAAUAAAAGGUGAUAAAAACAAAUUAACUAUUUUUGUUUUCUGCUGUAGCAAGGACAAGCUUUUACAUUAAAAACUAUAUUGCCUUUUUUUAGGAAGCUUUUCAGUCAUGAAAAUCACAUUCCUGAUCUGAAGCCUUAGGCAUACUCACAAGUGAUUCAAGGUUGUGAUGUGUAUUUUUCUAAGUAUCCAAAAAUAUCUGAACACAUUGAGCAGAAGGGCCUUAAUUGAUGUUUUUAUACAAAUAGUCUGCUUAAAAAUGUUUUCAGUCUGACUACUAUGAACCUGAAGCCUUCCUUUUUCAGAAUAUAUGCCGCCUGUUUGUCCAAUGCAAAACACUUUUGGUUACCAAAGUCAUGAAAAACUGUAAAUGUGCACUCUCAGGUUGGAGUUACUUCACUGUCUACUCAGUUUUAUCACAAAAUAGUUUGGUUUGAACAACAUUUGUUGGUCUUUGAUGCAAGUUUGUAGGACCUUUCAAGUACUCUGUGCUGGAUUUCAGCUGCCAGUCAUUUUCUUUAUCCAAACUUGGCAUAGAUGAACCCUUCAGUACAAAUGAGUCAUGUCUACUGCUGAUUUCUCAAGUUUAAAGUAAAAGUUAUUUCAUCUUUCUUGCAUUUUGCAGCUAAUAUUCUGGAAAUUUAAGUCUUGUUUACCACUCAUGAAAUGCCCUUCUUGCUAUCCAACCCCAGUGUUUUUUUUUGUCCUUUGAUCAAUGAAUGUUAAAUGUCCUCUUUUUUUAACUGAUCUGAGACACUGGAAAUGUUUUGUAACAUAAUGUAUUUAUUUUUUAUGUUUUGAAGACACUGGAAGGUAAAGAGUAUGGUGAUUGUAAAAUUAAAGAUGACAUGAUGAGUUUUUAA